AUGUUAGGCAAGUCAAUGCAACAAGCAGAGAAGAGAUUGCUCAAUCUAGAACACAAAUUAAAUACACAACCCGAUAUCAAAGACGAAUACACUACAUUUUUAGAAGAAUAUGAGUCAUUAGGGCAUAUGAGCGAGAUUACAGACAAAGAACAAUUAGACACAGCGUAUUAUUUACCACAUCACGCGGUUUAUAAAGCAAGCAGCACUACUACAAAAUUGCGCGUAGUCUUUGAUGGUUCUGCCAAAACCACAUCUGGGCUAUCAUUAAACAAUGUCCAGUUCGUCGGACCCGUAGUUCAAAAUGAUCUCAUAUCAAUUUUAUUACGAUUCCGAAAGCAUCGUUACGUUAUCUCAGCAGACAUUGCAAAGAUGUAUCGUCAAAUUUGGGUACGAGAACAAGAUCGUAAGUUUCAACGAAUUCUUUGGCGUAAAAAUAGAAACGAAACAAUUAAAGCAUACAGUCUAAAUACAGUCACGUAUGACACAGCAUCAGCUCCAUAUCUUGCCACUAAGGUUCUUCAACACAAUGGAAAAAGACACCAAGAAACUUAUCCUCUCGCUAGUCGCGUCAUCGUACACGAUUUUUACGUGGACGAUUUAUUAACCGGGACAGACUCAAUUUCCGAUACAAUACAAUUAAAAACCGAAUUAGACAACAUUCUUCGCUCUUCAGGUUUUGAGCUUCGAAAAUGGGCUUCAAACGAAACGAGCAUUCUCUCACCUCAAAUAGUAGAUUCAAAACAGUUACAAAUUGUACCAGAUACAGCAGCAAAAACAUUAGGCCUAUGUUGGAAUUUUGAUCAAGAUAUACUAACCUUUUCAGUCAAAAACUCCGCAAACCCACGCAUCACAAAACGUACCAUUUUAUCGGAUAUAUCUCAAAUUUUUGAUCCCCUUGGUUUAAUCGGUCCAGCGACAAUUCAGGCCAAAAUCAUUCUCCAAGAAUUAUGGCAACUUCGCGUUUCCUGGGAUGAAUCACUACCCCAGCAUCUCCACUCACAAUGGAACACGUUUCGCGAAGAACUUAUGCAAAUAAAUAAUAUUAAAAUCCCGAGAUACGCUUUAACUACCGAUAGAAAAAGAAUUGAACUUCACGCCUUCUCCGAUGCUUCGGAAAGGGCUUACGGGGCAUGCGUUUAUCUACGUACACUAGACAAUAAAAAUAGAUGGUCCACAGACUUAUUAUGUGCCAAAUCUAAGGUUGCACCCUUAAAGGUCAUUAGUUUGCCGCGGUUAGAAUUAUGCGGUGCUCAGUUAUUAGCGCAGCUAGUAAAAAGGGUUCGCUCAUCAAUAGACAUCGCAUGUGAUGAACACUAUUGGUGCGAUUCUACAAUCGUUCUCGCAUGGAUCAGUUCUCCAUCAAAACAAUGGAAAACAUUUGUAGCUAACCGCGUGUCAGAGAUACAAAGAUUAUUACCAGGAAAAUGGUCACACGUAGCUUCAUCCGAAAACCCUGCUGAUAUAAUUUCACGGGGAAUUAGCCCAUCUUCCCUAAUUAACAAUAAACACUGGUGGAAUGGUCCAUACUGGUUGCUAAAACAUUUACCACAACCAUGUCUCGACAUUCACAAUCAGCUCUCUACAGAGAGUGUAGCACAAGAAUCUAGAAUCAGUUGUGUCGUUACUCCCAACGAAAUCAAACGUCUGCAAGCAGGUCAGACUGUAGCAAGGACAAGCCCCUUAAUCGCAUUAAAUCCAGUUUUAGAUAAAACCGGAUUACUUAGGGUGGGCGGUCGGCUCAUAAACGCAAAACUCUCAUUUGAUUAUAAACAUCCGAUCAUUCUUCCAGCAAAUCAUCAUAUAACAAAAUUAAUUCUCUUACGUGAACACAGCCAAACCCGUCAGUCCGAAUUAGACUAUGCAGGUCCAUUUUUAAUUAAAGAAAAAACGCGUUCAAAAACCACAUUAAAGGCAUAUUUAUGUAUAUUUGUGUGUUUUUCCACUAAGGCCGUACAUUUAGAGCUGGCAAUAGACAUGACUUCGCAAUCGUUUUUGAAUUGCUUGAAAAGAUUUAUAUCGCGUCGCGGAUUAUGUCAUACUAUUUUCUCAGACAAUGGCACUAACUUUGUCGGAGCACGCAACGAGCUUUUAGACCUAAGUAAAUUGUUAACUGACAAAGAACACCAUCAACGCGUUAAAAAAUUCUUGAGCGAAAAUAACAUUCAGUGGAAUUUAAUUCCUCCUCGAGCUCCACAUUUUGGAGGACUGUGGGAAGGAGCGGUUAAAUCCACUAAAUACCAUUUAAAGCGAGUCAUUGGCGAAACUCGACUAACUUACGAAGAAUUAUAUACAAUACUGACUCAGAUCGAAGCUUGCUUGAAUUCACGUCCCUUAUCCCCCCUUUCCGAUGAUCCAACAGACUUGUCUCCUCUUACACCUGGACACUUCCUAAUAGGCGAGUCACUAACCACAUUUUCACAACCAGACUUGAACCAUAUCAAGGAAAAUCGACUCAGUCGUUAUCAGCAUUUACAGCGAAUGUUACAGCACUUUUGGCAACGGUGGCAAGCUGAAUAUCUACAUCAAUUGCAACAACGCAACAAAUGGCGGAAAAACUCUCACGCCACCUUUGGGCCCGGGACACUGGUUCUAAUCAAGGAUGAUAACCUUCCACCACUUAAAUGGAGGCUGGGGAGAAUCGUCGAGCUUCAUCCUGGAACUGACAACAUCACCCGCGUGGUAUCCAUAAAAUCAGCGGAAGGAUUGGUCAAACGACCACUCACCAAAAUAUGCGUCCUGCCAAUGGAUCAAGAAAUAGAGAUUCCUCCAGACAAAUAA